GAAGAACAGGCGGCGGUGACAUUGUGGCCGCUGCUGCCGCCCCUGCGGCCUGCCGCUGCUGAUGUCGUCGAGAAAAGAAACAGGUUCAGGCUUCAGUGUGCAUUCUGUUGUGGGUUGAAGACUCUAUAUGGGUGAAUUUGCGUGCGUGAGAGAGGCUUUUCUUCGCUGCCAACAGAUAAGAAACGAGAACCAGAAGACUUGAGAGGAAAAAGGAGAAUCGAAACUUCAAUGUUUGACCCCUAAAUUUUUCUGUUUUUGUUUCUUCCCCAAAUUUUCUUUUAAUUGCACUCUCUUUAGCGUAUAGUAAGUUUUAGUCAAAUUAAGGUACUCGGUGGACGCACAUCUCCAUAACUUCCCCAGAAGCAAUAUGAAAACAUCUGAAGCGUCUGACCAUCAUCGGCCUCUGGGGCAAGUAGAUUGUUCCUGUAUUGACUUCCACCAAUUUCUUUUCAAAAAAAAUUCCAAAGAUGAUUACUCUCCACAUAACUACAACAGUUAAAAUCAUCCAGGAGGACCAGGAUCAAGAGCUAUGGAGUUAAAUUCCCAAAAAAAGGGGGGGGGGGGCUUCAAUUGGAGAUUUCUCGUACAUUAAUUAGAGAAAAUAAAUUGAGAUUUGCUCAUAAUGUCUAGUUUAAACUGCUGGUAAUCUUGGUCGCCAAGAUUAUCUCUGGAUAUUCAGCCGUGUGCCAGAUUUCCAUUCCUUACCUGUGUUUCCAUUCCUUAUCUGUAUUUGAUAUUCACGUGGAUUCUUUCCCCCCGAUGAAAACGUGCCUGGUGUAAAACCAAAAUCUUUCUGCUAGCUUCUUUCAUCCAUUGAAUGAAAUAGUAAAAUUAGUACGCACUAUAAGUGCCUGGAUUGUUACAAUUGACGGCAUUAAUUUCUUUUGGAUCUUUCAAAUGAAUGGCAUUUAUUGUCUUUCCAAUUACAACGACUGCUAGAAUAGAAGUAGAACCCAUUCUCAUCUUCUACUCAAUUAGCAGCCAAAAUCCUUAGGCCGGUGAGCCUUUAAAUUUUCUCUAUCUCGUAAACUAGGUUUCAAGAAUAGCGACCCUAAUUUGCCUUCAGAAGCAAAACAGGAUCAAGUUAAGACAUGACGACGAGACAUCUCUGUGCCACCCCGGUUCUUCUUCUGACUUUCUUUUUGGUUAUCAGCAAUACUACUCUCAGCACUGCAAGAAAGGACCCACAGGAGUACUGGAACACCGUCAUGAAAGGGGAGGCCAUGCCCCAAGUGGUUAAGGCCCUCCUUCCUCAGACUGCUGAAUCUCACUCUGACCAACACCAAUUCGUCAAGAAUUUUGAUGCUAAGGCAAACGUUAUAAUCUAUCAUACCGGUCAAGUUGAUCAUCCAGGAGAGAAAUCUCCUGUCAAAGAAGUAGAUGUUUCUGUAUUUGAAAGAGCUGAAGCAACAGCUAAUUAAUUAGUCUCCUUGAGCGGUGUAUGUAUGCACAAGAUGAAUGAAAAUUAGUAGUUUACGUAGACUUCAAUAAGAAGAUGGAAGCAAUAGUCUGUUAAACCUAUGCAACUGCCCGGAAAAACCAUGAUCAACUGGUUGUCCCUUGAAAAUUUUGAUUAUCCAAUCCGAUUAAACCCGC